AUGAACGUAUUACCAGAUUACAAAGAGGAUGAACCACCCACAUAUACGGAAAAUCGUACUCAAAACCCAGAAUAUGCAAGUUUUCGAAGUUAUCAAUAUACUUUUUUACCAAGAGACGAAGAGGUCAAAUUCAAUCAGACCCAACCACCUCAACACAUGCCCAAUACAACAGAAGCAACUGCUCAUUUAAAAUUAUUGAAAGCUUUUGGGGAAUUGAAAAAGAAGGUACUUGAACUGAAAUCAACUAAAAGUUCAGAUGAUAAAGACUGGAAAAUGUUUGUCACCCUUGCUGUUAGACGAUUCAUUAUAUUCAUAUCAGCUUUGAAACAACGCAGUAAUGGUUUUACAAGAGGUGACAGGAAUUUGGAAACAACUAUCGAUAAUCGAAGUCAAGCAUUUACAACCAUGGCUAAUCAAUUGAUUCCUCCAUUGGACGUUAUUAUGGUUUGGCACGCAUUCAUGUUGAAUCCAUUGACGUUUUAUGAUGUAUUUGUCAGAAACGACAUGUAUUAUUUCAUCAAUUACCCAUUCCCAUUGCAUAUAAUCAAUGCUUAUAUAAAUGAUUCAACUUUUGAGUUUGUUGUUCCUGAUGAGUUGAAAAAGAACUAUUUAUCAUUCAUUGGUGGCUUCACCAGGAAUGCUAAUGAUUUGCAGUACGAUCCGGAUUUGAUUACAUUUCGUGAACAUACAGUAAUUUUAUACUGUCCUUACACUGGAAAUCCAAUCAGCAAUGAUAUACCAUUAACCACUUCUGACGGUACUGGAUUUAUUGAUGAAGGAUUUAUUACCGACAACAUGGGAUUCAAAUAUAGAAAUCUCCAGAAUAUAGGGAUGGGUACAAAGUAUAUCACACAUGAUGAAUUGCGGAAGUUUUUACUAGAUUUUGAUAUUCAACAACUGAGGAUUCUAGAAGGUUUGAUUAAAUUUUAUUCACGAAUAAUGGUAGGUCCAAUGCUUGUGACUAGACAUCCUGAUAGGAUUAAUGAUGAAAUUUCCAAGGAUGUCACGACCACAUCUCAGGAAUUUCAUGCCGAUAUUUCCAAAAAACCUAACCCAGCAGUUCCAUCUUUUCAAGAUAUCUUACGAAGAGUUCGUUCAAAUAAUCGAUAUCGUCUGGCUGCUCAACGGUUGAUUUUAGGAGGAUAUUAUAAAUUCAAUGUGAUCAGUUUUACUGUUCCUAAUAGUAUUCAGAUUGGUGAAGAUUUAGUGGAUUGUGUCAUUCGUCAAGGUAGUUUUGUUGAAAAGAUGAAUAAGCUUAAUUGGUUAAAUUCACCAUUGAGAAAUGAAGGGUUAUCUGAAUCUUUGGUUAGAUAUCGAAGAUUUUUUGAACUAUUGACCGAGAAAACCUUGAAUCGUAUGUUGGUGCCUACUUUAGAUAUUGACUUAAUGUGGCACACUCAUCAGUUACUGUUGUAUGGAUAUAUUAGAGACUGUAAAUCAUCUCCAUGCCAAAGAGUGAUUGAUCAUAAUGAUAAAGUGGGACAAAAACCUUUAGAUGAUGGAUUUGCAUUCACGUCUAAGUUAUAUAAAUUGAAGUUUAAAGAAGAGUAUUCUGUUUGUUUCUGUAACUAUUGCGUUGCUAAGAGAGCAAGUAAACGCAGUAAAAUAUCCCGGGCAUUCAAAUCACUGAAGAAAUUGAAAGCUGAACAAGAAACAAUGCAAUCAAGUCCAUUAUUCUUACAGAAUGGAGAAGGUAUGACACAUGUUGGUGAACAUUGUUCUGUGGUACAAUUCGUCAAAUGUGCUGGUACUCCAGGUGCUUGUGCUGGUAUGGCUACAUGUGCACAUAUCGGUGCUGUUUAUUUAGGAGGUGCAUUCAUUGGUGCUGCAUAUAUGGGAGGUUGUGGUGCCGGUGGUAAUUGUGGAAGUGGAGAAAAUGGUGCUGCGUGUGGAGGAGGUGGCGGGUGUGUUGGUGGUGGCGGAUGUGUUGGUAAUGCCGGUGGUGUCAAUUGUGGUUCCUCGGUAGGAUGUAUUUCAGGGGGAUGCGGUGGUGGUGGAGGCGGGGGAUUCUGA